ACGUUUUUUUGUGCUACAGAAGCAUUGCAGACAGGACGUUUGGGAGGUGUAGUGGAAGAAAGGCAAGAGAAACGGAGUAAAUGAAAGCACUUUUGUCCAGAUUAUUGAAGGACUCAUCAACUAAAUAAAUCGCCGAAACAGCUUACUAUAAUGAAACGGACACACUGUUGACUUCCUGUCCAGGUAGCCAGCAGGUGUUGAGAUAUCCUUCAGCGCCAGGAUCUCGGUCUCCAGUCUCCAGGAGGAUCAGAGCGGAGGAGACUUUGCUGCUGUCUGAGGAGGAGGAGGAGGAGGAGGAGAGGGAGGGGGCGAGCGAGCGAGGCCGCGUCCAGAGCCCUGGAUCCACCGCCCUGCCCGCCAUCAUGGCCGACGCGGUGAUCGUCAAGGAGGGAUGGCUGCAUAAACGAGGAGAGUACAUUAAGACCUGGAGGCCGAGGUAUUUUCUCCUCAAGAGCGACGGUACAUUCAUCGGCUACAAAGAGCGACCGCAGGAUGUGGACCAGCUGGAGACCCCCUUAAAUAACUUCUCUGUCGCACAGUGCCAGCUGAUGAAGACAGAGAGACCCAAGCCCAACACAUUCAUCAUCCGCUGCCUGCAGUGGACCACUGUCAUCGAGCGCACCUUCCACGUGGAGACCCCCGAGGAGCGGGAGGAGUGGACCAAAGCCAUCCAGACGGUGGCCGUGGGGCUGCAGAAACAAGAGGAGGAGAUGAUGGACUCCUCCCCCGACCCCAUGGACAUGGAGGCCUACCUGACCAAACCCAGACAGAAAGUGACGAUGCACGACUUUGAAUACCUCAAACUCCUGGGAAAAGGUACCUUCGGCAAAGUCAUCCUGGUGAAGGAGAAGGCCACGGGACGCUACUACGCCAUGAAGAUCCUGAAGAAGGAGGUGAUCGUGGCCAAGGAUGAAGUUGCUCACACACUAACGGAGAACCGAGUGCUCCAGAAUUCCAAGCAUCCGUUCUUGACGGGCCUGAAGUACUCGUUCCAGACCCAUGACCGGCUGUGCUUUGUGAUGGAGUAUGCCAACGGCGGCGAGCUGUUCUUCCACCUAUCCAGGGACCGCGUGUUCUCAGAGGAGCGGGCACGGUUCUACGGCGCCGAGAUAGUGUCCGCCCUGGACUACCUGCACGCCGAGAGGAACGUGGUCUAUCGGGACCUGAAGCUGGAAAAUCUCAUGCUGGACAAAGACGGACACAUCAAGAUCACGGACUUCGGUCUGUGUAAGGAAGGCAUCAUCGAUGGCGCCACCAUGAAGACCUUCUGCGGGACACCCGAGUACCUGGCCCCCGAGGUGCUGGAGGACAACGACUACGGCCGGGCGGUGGACUGGUGGGGCCUGGGCGUGGUCAUGUACGAGAUGAUGUGCGGCCGGCUGCCCUUCUACAACCAGGACCACGAGAAGCUGUUUGAGCUCAUCCUCAUGGAGGACAUCCGCUUCCCCCGCACGCUGGGCCCCGAGAGCCGCUCCCUGCUCUCCGGCCUGCUGAAGAAGGACCCCAAGCAGAGGUUAGGCGGAGGGCAUGACGACGCCAAGGAGAUCAUGCAGCACAAGUUCUUUGCUGGCAUCGAGUGGCAAGACGUCUACGAGAAGAAGCUGGUGCCGCCCUUUAAGCCCCAGGUGACCUCGGAGACGGACACCCGCUACUUUGACGAGGAGUUCACAGCACAGACCAUCACCAUCACACCGCCCGGGCAAGAUGACUGUAUGGAGUCCUUCGACAGCGAGCGGAGACCCCAUUUCCCCCAGUUCUCGUACUCGGCCAGCGGGACAGCCUGAUCCACUCUGAAUACACUCCUCUGGUCCUCCACCAACUCCCCCCCCCCCCCCCACCCGCAGCCCAGCCCCCAGCCCCCUCCACCCCCCCCCAGCUGACUGCACACUCAAAAGACUGGGGCCUCCCACCCUCUCCUGUCCCUUUCCCUCAGGCGCAGACCUGGGACAUUACAAUCUCCGUGUCAUGCUAUGCAGGAAGGUGGGAACAUUUUGACAAAACGAAAAGGAAACUGUGGUUUUGUGUGGCCUUUUCGAAGAGUACCCAUGGCAACCAGCGUUUACACUACCCUCCCACCCCAUGUUCGCUGUCGUUGCCCUUAUAUCGCUCUGACAUCCAAAUGAGAUAAUGAUUGGGGAAAUGGCAUGUAUAUUAUGCACACAUUUUGGCCCAUGUGGUGGAUUUUUAAAGGGUAUUUUUGUAUAGAAUUUGCCUAUUUUUUAUGGGAAAUAGGCAUAAUGUCAACCAUGCCUGAACUUUGAUUGUGUUGUCUGUGGGGGGUUGAUGAUCUGGUUACAAAUUCCUGAAGAAAAAAACGGAUCAAUUACUAUUCAAACGAAAAACGUUAAUCCAACGUAUAAAAAGUUGCCCUUUCUGCAUAAUGAAUCGUAAGAAGUUGACACUCGUAUGUUCAGCUCAUCUUCUGGAAACAGUAUUUAUUACUAUUAUUUUACUACCAUAUUUGGUCAUACUUUAAAGGGCUGACCGGUCUUACUCCCACUAUGAUAUCCCGUAAUUACUUUGAUGAAACCGCUGAUGUAAGGAAUGGUAGAAAAGGCAUUGAAUGCAAAGCAUUGAAUGAGUAGAACUGGGUGAUCUGGAGAGAUUGACUGCGAUUGAGUUCAAUUAGAGAUGUUUGCACAUUGCGGUCACUGAUACACCCCUGGUUACCUGUUAAGACUCACAAAAAUAUAAUUCCUCAUUCCUUUCUGUACAAAUGCUGUGUGACAAACCCUUCCUGGUUUUGACUUUGAACUGGCCAGUCAGGUGUAGCCAUGGCUGACCAAUCAGAGCCUCUCUUCUCUCCCCUUGGUUUUUAGAGCCCCUUCUUCCUCCUUUUAAGUACAGUAUUGGGUGUUUUCCUCCCAGUGCACUUAACUGCUGCCUCAAUGAGGUCACUUUAACACAACACAAAAAAGAGAUCUUGAAAAGACGAACCGCCGUGUGGGAGCUUGGGGGGGGGAGGAGUAAUCAUUGAUGUAAUACGAAGGGGGACUUUCAUUCCCUCCCAGGGUUAUUUAAACGAGACCAGCGUCUACUAAAACCAGCUUGACUGUGCCAAUGAUAUGCACUUUGCAGCCCAAAAGAUGAUUGUAUUUGGAUUUGUAUUUGUAUUAAAUUAGCGUUUAUUUUUUAUUGUCAACUGAAAAUUGUGAAUAGAUAUAAAAAAGAGUUAAAUGUUUCAAUCAUUAUUCCCCCUAUACAGACGGUUGAACGUUGGAAACUGCAAAAAAAAACUAAAGGAAAGUUAGGAAAAAUGUUUGUAACUUCAAUACUUCAAGUUUUCUUCCUGUUUGUUUUAUAAUAUGACUGAUAAUCAUUAUUCAAAAGUGCAUCAUACGUCAUUGAAUGUAAUGGUUUUUAUUAUAUCGUUUUCACUUCUAUUGUUUUAAAACCUUUUUGCUCUUUAUUUUUUUUAUCUGAUUGUUACUUUCUCUUGUGCUCUCUUCCCCUGUACUGGCCCCCCCUCUGAGAAUAGGGAAAUGCGUUUUAUACUCUUUUUAUUUUUUAUCUCAACUUUUGUUUUGUACCUGCCCUACCCCUAUUUCUGAGAUUGAGGAAACCAGAUUUGGUUAAAUAAUAUAAACUUUGUACACUGUUUUGGUCUUUUAAAUUGAUGAAAUAAAAGGUCUUAACAGAU